AUGGAAUUCGACAAGUUCGACGGCAAAGAAGGUGACAACCUUAUGCUGUGGUUUCGGCAUAUUGAGCCGGCUGUGUUUAUUGCCGACAUCACCUACGAACCGUACCGUGUAGGCUUUGCCACGGGUAAGUUCUGUGGCUCAACCAAACAAUGGCCAUUCACAUGUGGUGCAUCACUUCAAGAUGCUUUUCCCGCAUGGGCCGAUCUGAAAGUUCAGAUGACCCAGCAGUAG